CUGUGAGGCCAGGAUCCCAUGACCCCACGCGGGCGGGCCCUCUGUUUUUUCUCGGCCAUCUGCACAAUUCUCUCACAUUUCCACUCCAGCAACAUAAAUCAAAUAUUGUAAGAGAUUUUGCAGUCCAGUGGGUGAAGGAUAAAGGCAAUAAUGCGAGAAAUUUUGCCAUCAAUGCCACGGUGAGGAAAUGAUGAGCCAUAGAACUCCAGGAAAACGAUAUCAUAGCAGAGAUUUCGCAAUCUAGGCAUUUUAUUAUGGCGAAAACGGAGGUGUUGGAGACGGAUCCGAGAGUGGCGGAGUUGAAGAAGGAGCUGCAGAGGCUGGUGAAGUCUAUUGUGGAAGACGAUGAUUACAGCGUCGAGGUGAUGGAUCGAGCCAGAGAGGCGUUGUGUUCUAUUAAGGAUUUGAAGGUGAAGCGAUCCAUGUCGUUGAAGCUCCACGGCCCUCACUCGUUCCCCGAGGAGUUUCGCUGCCCUCUUUCUCGGGAAAUGAUGAGAGAUCCUGUGAUUUUGGCUACGGGGCAGACUUACGACAGACCCUUCAUUCAGAAAUGGCUGAAAGCAGGGAACCGGACAUGCCCUCUAACCCAACAGGUCCUCUCUCACACUAUGCUUACUCCCAAUCACUUGAUCCGGGAAAUGAUAUCACAAUGGUGCCAGAGUCAUGGGAUUGAAUUGACAGACCCGGAUCAGUACAGCAAUGAGGACCCGAUAAUGGAUGCAGAUCGAAGCCGUUUCAUUGAUUUGCUUGAGAAGAUGUCUUCCUCGGCUCUUGAGCAGAAAGAAGCUGCAAAGGAGCUUCGAUUGUUGACAAAGAGAAUGCCAUCAUUCAGGGCACUUUUUGGCGAGUCUCUUGAUGCCAUCCCUCAAUUGCUUAAUCCAUUCUCACAAAACAAGGGUGGAAUUCAUCCUGACCUCCAAGAGGACUUGAUCACGACGCUCUUGAAUCUAUCAAUCCAUGACAACAACAAAAAGCUUGUGGCUGAAACCCCAAUGGUAAUUCCUCUUCUUAUGGAUGCAUUGAAAUCUGGAACCAUUGAAACUAGGAGCAAUGCAGCUGCCACUAUCUUCACAUUGUCAGCUGUGGACUCCAACAAGGCACUCAUUGGGCAAUCUGGUGUUUUGAAACCCCUAAUCGACCUUCUAGAAGAGGGGCACCCGUCAGUUAUGAAAGAUGUUGCUUCGGCAAUUUUCAAUCUGUGCAUCAUCCAUGAGAACAAGUCGAGAGCUGUUCACGAGGGUGCAGUCAAGGUGCUUAUGAAGAAGAUCAUGAACCAAACUCAUGUUGAUGAGCUUCUGGCCAUCCUGGCAAUGCUGUCCACCCAUCAGAAGGCGAUCGAGGAAAUGGGCAAUCUUGGAGCUGUGUCUUGCUUGCUGACCAUCAUCAGGGAGAGCAGCUGCGACCGCAACAAGGAGAACUGCAUUGCCAUCCUCCACAGUGUCUGCUUGAACGAUCGAACCAAGUUGAGGGAGCUCAGGGAAGAGGAAAACACCUACAGAACAAUCUCGAAACUGUCCCAGACCGGGACUGCAAGAGCCAAGAGGAAGGCGAAUGGCAUUCUGGAGAGACUGAGGAGAGCUCUUAAUAUUACACAUACUGCAUGAAGAAAACCACACUGCAUUCUCAACAAGUUACUCAAGAAAAUCUGUAAAUUCUCUGCGAGCUUCCAGCACACUGGGGAUUAGGGCAUCAUCCGGUGGCUGGUUCCACACCUUCUUUCCACAUAUCGGUGACUAGGGCAUUGUCCAGUAGCUGGUUUUACACCUUCUUCCAGCAUACUGGCCACUAAGGCAUUGCCCCGUGGCCGGUUCUUCCAGCACACCGGGCACUGUGGCAGCUUGUCCGGUGGCAGUUGUCAACCGCCAUUUUGUAAAUUCUAGGGUUUGAAUCCGGAGGUUGAUGAGUCUCACUGUGAAUAAAUUGUAUGGGAGCUUUGUUUAUGAAAUACUCUCAUGUUUUUGUCCAAUAAUUACUGCAUAUUUCUCCAUUGCUUGA